AGCUCUGGUUGACUGUACAAUGGAGCGGCUGUACAGGUGAUCGCGCCUGCCUAUUCCCGGGAUCUGCGGGUUAUAUUUACAUGCGCUGGAAAGGGAAUGUAGAAUAGGACAUGGCAGAAUGAAAAUUCAUUGACCUGGAAUAUUUUCAGAUCUUGACCAUCAAACUCAUGGAAGAACUGUUAGGUUAAGAAACAAGCAAGCUCUUCUGUUAAGGAAAAAAACAAGAAUUGAGAACGCAAAGAUGGGGAAUCGCAUACCCACUGCUUCAGCUAUGGUACGCUUCUGUCACAAAUUGAAUAGAGUCAAGACUUUGGACGAUGACUUGAUGGAGACGUCACUGAAAAGAUGCCUCUCUACCGUUGACCUUACACUGCUAGGUGUUGGUGGAAUGGUUGGCUCUGGUCUAUAUGUGCUGACAGGCACAGUUGCCAAGGAGAUAGCAGGUCCAGCUGUGGUCUUAUCAUUUCUUAUUGCCGGCAUUGCCUCAUUGCUUGCUGCUCUUUGCUAUGCUGAAUUUGGUGCAAGAGUGCCAAGGACUGGAUCUGCCUACAUGUUCACUUAUGUUUCAGUUGGUGAAAUCUGGGCGUUUCUGAUUGGCUGGAAUGUCAUCCUGGAAUAUAUGAUUGGUGGAGCCGCAGUGGCCAGGGCCUGGAGUGGCUACCUGGACUCCAUAUUUGACCAUAAAAUCAAAAACUAUACUGAAAGACAUAUUGGUACUUGGGACGUGCCAUUUUUAGCUCACUAUCCAGAUUUCUUGGCUGCAGGAAUCUUGCUGGUUGCCACAGCAUUUAUCUCUUUUGGGGUUAGGGUAUCCUCAUGGCUUAACCAUAUAUUUGCUGCCAUAAGUAUGGGGAUUAUCAUCUUCAUUCUAAUAUUUGGGUUCAUUCUUGCAGACCCCAAGAACUGGGGAGCUGAGCAUGGUGGAUUUGCUCCAUUUGGGUUUUCUGGCAUCAUGUCUGGCACAGCCACAUGCUUUUAUGCCUUUGUUGGCUUUGAUGUAAUAGCAGCAUCAAGCGAAGAAGCUAAGAACCCUCAAAAAGCUAUUCCCAUUGCAACAGCUGUCUCCCUAGGCUUAGCAACAGGAGCCUACAUAUUGGUAUCGACAGUGUUAACAUUAAUGGUACCUUGGAAAACCCUAAUACCAGACUCUGCUCUUUCGGAUGCAUUUUACAGGAGAGGUUACUCAUGGGCAGGAUUUAUCGUAGCUGUUGGUUCCAUCUGCGCUAUGAAUACUGUCCUCUUGAGUAAUCUCUUCUCCCUUCCAAGGAUUGUAUAUGCAAUGGCUGAAGAUGGGCUAUUCUUUCAGUUUUUCUCCAAAGUCAACCCAACCACUAAAGUACCCGUCAUAGGCAUUGUAGUAUUUGGUAUUUUAAUGGGUUUUUUGGCACUUAUCUUUGACUUGGAAGCUCUUGUCCAGUUUCUAUCUAUAGGCACACUGUUGGCCUACACCUUUGUUGCAGCAAGCAUUAUAGUUCUAAGAUUUCAGCAAGACAAGACAGAAGAGCCACAACCAGUGGAUCCUGAGCCUAAUGCUCACUCACAGGACACCAGAGUAAUCGGUGAAAGGAUAACUGGAGAGGAAAUGAAGGAGUACGAGUCCUUUUCAGAUAAACUUCAACUAGUGGACACUCAGAAGAGGGAACGGAGAGAAACUGGACAGCUGAAAGCCACAUUUGAGCCAUACUUGAAGUUCUUGAGCGAUUGCUAUCCUGGAGAGGUGGUCACCAUAUCAGUAGUCACCAUGAUGUUUUCAGCCAUAUGCUUGUGCUCCAUUGUGGUGUUUGGCAGUUCUCACUUGCACCUCCCCACAUGGAGUUUUUAUUUACUGGUUGUUAUAUUUUCGAUUGGAUUUUUGAUAAGUCUGUUUUUCAUUUGGGUCCAUGAGCAACAAAGUAAAACUACGACAUUUCAGGUCCCAUGUGUUCCACUAAUUCCUGCUCUGAGUAUACUUUUAAAUAUAUAUCUCAUGCUUAAACUGAAUUACAUGACGUGGGUACGGUUCACAGUAUGGCUCGUUCUUGGUCUAGCAGUAUAUUUUGGUUACGGAAUCUGGCACAGUAAGGAGAAUUUGCAUGAACCAAAGAACCAUGGCGUCACAGCACGUUACGUAGUCUUUCCAAGCAGUAGUCUAGAAGAAACAGUCCAGCAGAUCCAGCCAAGCACUCAGGACUCAAUGGGAAGAGCUGAGAUUAUGGACGAGGAGUCCUUAAAGAGAUGAUGCUUUAAAAGCCUCUGAAUGUAUAUAAGACUACUGUGUCAAAUUUUUAUCUGGAUCACUACGCAAUUUGCUGUCUGCACUGGAAAUUAGAAAAACACGGCCUCAUUCAUUUUUCUUUUCUUUUCCAUAUGGUUAGAUUGUGGAAAAACAACCAACCAAAUCCUUUAGUAACUCUGCAAAUGUGUUAUAUCAG